CCCCUCCAAAAAACAAGAAGAAAAAAAAGAAGCUUAAGCCAAUAAUAAAAGAAAGAGAGCAAGAAAGUUUGAAGUAAAGACAAACAAAAGCCUCUCUUCUCCUUCUUCUCCCUCACACUUCAUUUAAAUUCCUUCAAACAACACCACAACAGAAAAUAAGGAGGAGACUUUCCCUUAGGCAAGAAGAAGAAGAAGAAGACUGGAGAAAAGGGUUUGCUAUGAAUCGCGGCCACGUGUUGCAGAGCUCGCCGGUGCAGCAGCAGCAGAUCAUGAUGGCGGGCGGCGGCAACCCUAACUGGUGGAGUAGCAUCAAUAACAUGAGGCCUCCGCCGCCAACCACCACCACAACGUCGUCGCCUCACCACCACCACCACCACCAGCUUCUUCCCAAUAAUAACUUCUUCCCAAACAACUACUCGUCGUCCCUUUUCCCUACUCAUCUCGCCCCUUCACCUUCUUCCUCCUCCUCCUCUUCCUCCGCCUCCUCACUUCCUUUCCCUUCUUGGCUCGACGGCUCUACCGCCACCGCCACCGCGGCCCAAGACCAUCAACAACAACAACAACAACUUCCUGAAUCAUGGAGCCAACUCCUCCUGGGAGGAUUGAUGGUGGGGGAUGAAGAGAAGGAAGGAACGAACCAAUUAUUGAACCACUUUCAACAAGCGAGCAAGAAGUUCGAGGACGAGCACUGGGAAGAUCAUCAUCACCAGCAGCUGAUGCUGAACAACAACGUCGAUGUGAAGCAAGAGAGCUCUGCCGGAAGCUAUGGCGGCCACCACCAUGCAAACCAAGACUUCCACCAUCAAGCUGCGGCUGCUAAUUGGUCUCACCAAAUCAUGGCUAAUAACAACAGCAACUCUCCGUCUCCCAACUCGGCAAGCUUCACUAGCAGCUUGUUGGACUUCUCCACCACCGCCGCCGCUGCCAAGCACCUCGGAGUUGGCCACCCGCCGCCGCCUCCACCGGCGGAUCGGUCGUCGGAGAGCAACAGCACUAAUGGAACUGGGGUAGCAAAGAAAGCUAGGGUUCAACCUUCUUCUUCUUCUACUGCAACCCAAUCUCCCUUUAAGGUGAGAAAGGAGAAACUGGGAGAUAGAAUCACUUCUCUUCACCAGCUUGUCUCUCCAUUUGGCAAGACUGACACAGCUUCUGUCCUGUUGGAAGCGAUAGGGUACAUCAGAUUCCUUCAAAGCCAAAUUGAGGCUCUCAGCUUGCCGUACUUGGGCAGUGGAUCCUCGAACAUGAGGCAACAUCAGCAGCAGCAACACCACCACCAACAUUCUGUUCAAGGAGAAAGGAAUUGUGUCUUCCCAGAAGACCCUGGUCAGCUCUUGAACAACGAUGGCAGCAGCUGUCUGAAGAGGAAAGCAGCAGCCUCUUCUGAUCAUCAGCAGGACUUCAAUGAGGAGCCAAAGACGGAUUUGAGGAGUAGAGGGUUGUGCCUUGUCCCACUCUCUUGCACAUUGCAAGUUGGCAACGAGAAUGGGGCGGAUUACUGGGCUCCUUCCCUCGGUGGAGGGUUCCGGUGAACGGUCCGACGAGCAAUGUGUACACAUACUAGCUCUACGGGUGUGUCACCGGAAUCGUUGUAGGGAGGGAGUUCAAGAGAGAGUUAGGGAUCGAGAUCGAGAGAGAGCCGAUAGUGAAAAUGAUAUAACAUCAUGAGCAGUCAAUCUGCUCAAGUGAAAUUCCAAGGCUGAUUGCUCAUGAUGCUAUACAACUUCUGCCAUGGUCUUAGCUACUAGUCAAUUAAUUAAGUUCCUCAUGUAUUACCAAUUAUCUAGUUCUUAAUUUUGUGUGCUCCAUUAGUUCCUAAUCCCAGGGAUAUGAUGUAUAAGCACGUACGGUUUAAUUGAUUAAUUGCAUGCCUUCACUCAGUACAUGUUUAAUUACAUAUGAAGAAUGUAUUGGUUUAGUUCUCGUUAGAACAUAGCUGAUUAUGAAAUUGUGUGGC